GUUUGUUUGUUGUGGUUAUCUGUUUGUCCGUGCUCAUGCUUGUUCUAUUUCUGAUCGUUGUCGAUUGCUUUCGAUAAUAAAUUUCAGCGUUCUCUUUGUGCUUAUUGAGUCUUCAACUUGCCAUUCCUCUUGUUCUUCCAGAUAUCUUGAUAUACUGCUCCUCACACUUCACCAACACACAAAGUACCUCUCAGCUAUACUCAAACUUAUUAAAGGCUGGAGUUAUAUACUUGUAACGGUUUUAAAUGCUGACGCUAUUCUGUUCGAACGUCGCUUUCCAGAUGGUCUGAAUCUUCUUGAUGACUGAUUGUUGCUAUUUUUAAUUAGUGCCUUCAGAAUCUAAAGAAUGUCAAAUUGUUGUCAAAAAAGAUUUCGUCGAAUACUUCAAUACAAAAAACAAAAGCGCAAGCUAGAAAAAGAUCGCAAAAAGACAAUCUUGCGCAGCAAAAUAAAGGAAAAUAUAGAAAAAAAUCGUUAUCAUAGCAAGAAGUUUCUAAAAAAGGCGAUCUCUAACAAGUUGCAGAUUGCACUGAGUGAGGGAAUAAGAAUCUACAUAGAUUGUUCUUAUGAAGCUCUUAUGUCUUCCAAAGAAUGCAACAAAUUCGCCCAGCAGCUUUGCAGACUUUAUGGGGCAAACAAAAAAGCCACAAAGCCCUUGAGCAUUAACCUUGUGAAUUUCUCACAACAUGGACCCUUGUUCCAUGCUUGUCAGUCUAAAUGUGAUGGGUUCCUAAAGUAUAAGAUUGGAUUAUAUAGUGAAACACCAUCAAGCAUUACACCAGAAAAUAUCGAAAUUGUGUACCUUAGUCCGGACGCAAAAGAACCAUUGUUGUCUAUAUCGGAAAAUUGUGCUUACGUACUGGGAUGUCUUGUAGAUGAACAUAUAUUAAAGGGACGCAGUCAACAAGAAGCUGAGAAUCAAGGUUGCCGUGCUGUGCGACUCCCGAUUCAAGAGUUUACAUCUAGAGAAAAAUCUAGCCCCGUGUUAGCGAUAAAUCAUGUUAUUGAUAUACUGUUAGCCUAUAUGGCAAAUGGUGGUGAUUGGAAGGCAGCUUUACAGUCCUACUUGCCCAAACGAUUUUUAAUAUAAUGCAUGUACAUGUGAUAUUUUAUUAUAACU